AGAGGGGCUGCGCGCUGCGCAGGGCCUGCCUUUAUCUCCUCCCCUCCAUCUCGCAGGGAAUGAGCCUCCGCGUCUGCCCGCCCCCAAUCCUAGGGCGGAGGCCUCGCGCAACAUCCAGGUUCCGCGGCGGUGGAGGGUCUCCGCCACAGCCCGCCCUUCCCGCACCUCCCGGCCUCUGGAGCGGCCACUCCAGCCCGCGGUUCCGCCCGAGGCUCUUGGAGGGUCCUGCCCCACAAAGAUGAACUGGACGGCGGCGACGUGCUGGGCUCUGCUCCUGGCGGCCGCCUUCCUCUGCGACAGCGGCGCGGCCAAGGGCGGCCGCGGGGGGGCUCGCGGCAGCGCCCGGGGAGGGCUACGCGGGGGCGCGCGCGGGACCUCGAGGGUGCGCGUGAGGCCCGCGCCCCGGUACGCGGGCUCCUCCCUGCGUGUGGCGGCGGCGGGCGCAGCGGCCGGGGUGGCGGGGGCGGCGGGCCUGGCCGCGGGCUUGGGCUGGAAGGGGGCCGCAGGCCUGGGGGCGCGCGGCCUGGACGACGACGACGACGAGGACGGGACCCCCGGCGGCAACGUGACGGGCCGAGGCGUCUACAGCUACCGCGCGUGGACUUCGGGCGCGGGGCCCACGCAGGGCCCGCGCCUCAGCCUGCUGCUGGGCGGCGCCCUGGGCGCACUGGGGCUGCUGCGGCCCUAGGCCCUAGGCCUCGGGGUCACUUCGGCCCCCAGCCACACCGAAGGCCCCCGAAGCCCACCCCAGAGGCCGCCCCGCGCGCGCCUUCCCUUGGCUGCCCAGUCUCCGAGCCCAGAGGGGCUGCCUGGACAAUUCCGGCCAGUCGCGCAGGAGCUGCUGCCUCUCCUACCUGUGGCUGGGAGGCGGCCUCCUGUUCACCCCCUGCCCGAGCCCCUCCCCAGCCUCCCCAUCUCCCACCCUACCAAGCACCCGCUGCCCGAUGCCCCACGUUCCACUUGGAGGUUAGGGUCCAGGGUCCUCCCCACCAAAAGGCAGGUGUCCAGUCGUUUCUGGACCAUCCUGGCCAGCUGUCCAUCAUCUGCAGAGCCGCCCAAAAGAGAGGUGCCCAGACCAGGCUGUUCAGGCCCUCCGGCUCCCCUGACCUCACCUUGGGCACCUGAGAGGUGUGACAGUGCUGACCACCAGGUGGAGAGGCGGGCUGUCAGGCUGUGCUGGUUCUGCCACCGGCCCUGAGGACCAUGGUGGCCUGCCCCACAGAAGCUGCCAGAAUGGAACAAAGGACUUGAGGAACCCCGGGGGAAGGAGAGAGGAGAGGUUUCGCUCAUGGGCUGUAGCGUGCUGACCUCACGUCCAGAAGAGGCGGUCUAUGGAUUUCAGAGCCCAGGCAUGCCCAUCAUAGUUCUCUGGAUGGUUCCCAGAACACUCCUUUCCCACGAGGGCUGCCCCCAGCCUUGCCCCUGCCCUUGGGCCCAAAGACCCCAUCCCCCUCUCUGGGCAGAGGCCCUGGGAGACACACUGCUAGGGGCUCCCUUGGAGCCACUUUGCUCCGACUUGAAACAAGUCACUUAACCCUUCUUGGGACCCGUUUUGA